AUGACGACUGCUAAGCAAUUAGCCAAUUUUCAAUGGCCAUGGCAAUACGACUUUCCGCCAUUCUUUACGAUUCAGCCAAAUGUUGAAACUCAAACCAAACAAAUUCAAGCCUGGUGUGAACUGGUGUUAGACUAUCAAAAGCAUAUUAAAUCAUACGCGAUCGAUGUCCAAGAGUCACUGUCUAGUCCUUUAUUUCAUAAUGCUAAAAUCAAACGAAAACUACCAAUCGAUGGUGUCUAUCUAGUGCUAAACGCUCUGAAAGAUAAAGGCUUACUGGAAUGGCAAGAUAAGAAAAUGUCUAGAGCUUUAUUAAUGUGGAGAUCGGCGGAAGAGUGGGCUAAACUGAUCUUCAAUUGGGCUGAACGCAGCGGUAUGACAAAUACAGUUUGCACCUUAUACGAAUUACAGUUAGGCAACGAUGUAAAGAAGGAAGAAUUUUAUGAGAUAGAAACUUGGGUAUUAAAGCGUGCGUUACGAGUGCUAGAGAAGAAAGGAAAAGCCGUUAUGUUUGAUAUCCAGCCCAACGACAAUGAUAACAGUGGUGGCGUCAAAUUUCUCUCGUAG